AUGCCCUCUCUGAGGACAUAUUUUCUCAAUUUAAAUUUAUUUGCACCAUCACUUGACAGUAAUGAACAAGAAACUGAUCAACAACGUCGAUGGAAUAUUAUUAGUACUCGAGUUUAUAUUGUACUUACCAUAUUAAUUCUUAUUGUUGUUGGUCUUAUUUUAUCUUUAUUGAAACAAUCAACAAUGAUCACCCUCAAAAAUCCAACUAAAGAACAGUUUGAGCUUCUUCCUAACCAUGCGAAAUGUUCAUGUUCUCAUACUACUAUUCCAUAUAAUAAAUUCGUUUCAAUGGAACCACGUUUUCAUCAAAUUUGUUCGAGUGAUUUUGUUACUGAUCGAUGGAUUAAUGCAAUGGACUCUGGAACAAAUACAACUUAUUUCCAUUUCGAAGAUUUUCGACGUUAUGGUAGUGCUCAAUUUCAAGCACUUGCUGGCUUUUGUCGUUUGUCGAAAUCAAGUACUAAUCAGAGCAUUACUUUCUUUACCCAAAACACAUUGUUAAGUCCAAAAGUCCUGUUGGAAGAUACUUUUCGUUCUCAUAUCCAUGCAACAAUUGAGCAGUUUAAAUUAACAGCACCAAAUACUUUUAAAUCUCAACUCAGUUUAAUCAAUCAAAUCACAAUUAAUAGUGAAUUCAUGUCUGCAUUGCAGACAAAUAACUAUUAUGCACUGGACAUGUACUUUAUUGGAUAUUUUGGAACUGUAUACAAACAAACAGAAAAUUUUGAGUGUCAGUGUGCUCUUGAUGUCUGUAAUAACAUAACAUCCGGUUUUUUCACUAACUUCGGAACAUUCUCUCCUGAAGAAUCGGAGACUUUGAAUUUGGCAUGGCUUAUACCAGGAAUGUUAUCUGGUUGUUUACCAGUGCCUUCACUUCUGCUUUCAACACUGGAGUGUUUCUACGAUCAAGACUGUGUGAACAGACUUAUUUCAUAUUUUCCAAUAACUGAGAAAUUUCAAGCAAUGACCAAAAAUCAUCAAAGUGUUUUCAAACUCGAAUCACCUAUAGAAUCAAUCGUGGAAAAACUAAUGAUAGAAAAUUGGACAAUCACUAUUUCAUAUCCUAACUAUUAUGUUGGAUGUGCACCAUCUUUAUGCACUUAUUUCAAAAUAUCUCGAAAUGGUUUUGUUUACGCAUUGAAAAAAGUGAUUAGUAUAUUGUCCACUUUGACAUUGAUACUUGGGCUAAUAAUUCCAGCUGUUAUUCGAUUUAUCGUACAAUCACGUGAUCGAACACCGAAACCACAUAUUUCUUUUCGAAUUCGUUUACAUCAAUUAAAACAAGCCAUUAAAAAGAAAUUAAUUGAAUUGAAUAUUUUUCAACAUUAUCCCAGUACUGAUCGACAAAUACAUUUUCAACGUUAUGCAACACGACUGUUUAUAUUUUUGCUUAUAGUCUCGACUGUAAUUUUCAGUAUUUAUAUAUUCUUAGAAAAAUCAAUUCAAUCAAAAAUUAUUCUUAAUCCAACUGAAUCUCAAUUUAUUCAACUUGAACGAGAAUACCGUCGAUCAAUAUCAUGUCCAUGUAGUUCGAUUUCUAUCUUGUAUUCAAAUUUUACUGAUAUUCAACCUCAAUAUCACCAAUUAUAUUUUAGUGAUUUGCUUUCCGAUAGAUGGAUCAAAUAUAUACGAGACGCUAUUACUAUACACUACUUAGACUAUAAUGAUUACCGAGUGAUUGGUCAACUCCAUUUCAAAUCUUUACAGAUGCUUUUCAAACUAGCUAAAGAAACUAUCGAUAAUGCACUUGAAGUAUUUUUUACAACAGAAUUCAUCUCUUUGCAAGUUAUUUCUAAUCAAUCAUUUCAUAUUCAAAUCAAUUCAUUCAUUGAAGAUUGGAAACUAACAACUGUUAAUACUUUUAAGACAACUAUUCAGAUAAUUGAUCAAGCUAAUCAAGGAAAUCAAUUAAUUAGUUCUACGCUUAAUGCUCGUGACGAACUGGACUCUUACAGGAAAACAGUAUUGUUACACCCGGAAACACGCGUGGGCUGUAAUUGUAUUGUAUCUUCGUCUUGUCACAAAAUCUCUGAUAUUUUCCGGCUCUAUGGAGAUAUGUCUGGUUCUCGUGUAUUAUAUUCGAUUCCAAACUUCUUUAUUGGCUGUUAUUUACUUGAAUCUUUGUCUGUAUCAACAUUAGAAUGUUUUUAUAAUCUUUCAUGUAUGUUAUUAAUUCAUGAACACUUAUAUUCUUCAGAAACAUUCAAUUUUUCUGCUCUAAAUCCAGAUCUUAAUUUAUAUAAUGAAACAAUUGGAAUGAUUGUCGAUAGAGCAAUGGUUGAUAAAUGGUUAGUAAAUAUUUCUUUUUCUUCAUAUUAUGAAAACUGUGCACCAUUAUCAUGUACAUAUCAGUAUGAACAUCGCAACAAUCUUUUUAAUAUUAUCAUAAGUAUUGCAAGUGUCUUCGGUGGAUUAUCACUUGGAUUUCAGCUUCUACUUUCAGUUGGACUUCAAUUUAUUAACAAAAUCAUGAUAAAUAGUUGUUUUCGUUUGAUUUCUCUUAACUCAUUUAAACAACUAUUUAUUUGUAAUACUGAAAAUCAAAUCAUUCGUCGAUUUCAUAUUAUAUUAGUCAUCGGAAGUGUUAGUAUUCUUUACAUAUUUACUGCUUUUACUGCUCGUACAAUAACUGUUGAAGUUAAGAAACCUUCAUUAGAAAUCUAUAAAGAUUUACUCAAACAAUCAUAUGAUUCAUUGGAAUGUCCUUGUUCACAAAUGUCAAUCAAAUAUAAAGCAUUUCUAAGCAUUACAGCACAUUUUCAUGAAGUUUGUUCAAGUAAUUUUAUUUCUAAUGAAUGGAUUUUAUAUUUAUAUGAAAAAAGAUUUUCUAAUAAUGAAUCGUCUGCAGAUGAUUUCUACCAUUCAGCUGUUGGACAAUUUAAGUUACUUUCGUCAUUCUGUACUUUAUCGAAAGAAACAGUCAACAAUUCAAUUAUUCAAUUGAUUGCAAGUGAUUUUAUUAAUAGUCAACUCUUAUCCCCAGAUGUAUUAAAUGUUCAAAUAUUGACUAUUAUUAAUCAAUUUCAAUUAACAAUGCCACAAAUAUUUAUCAAUAGUCUUUUAUUAAUUCGAGAAAUAACUCAAGCAAACAUGAUACUCAGUGUAUUUUUGACCAACUGGAUGUUCGAGCCUGUACAUAAUUUACCGACUGAUACGCAAGUGAUCCCACAUACUAUACCAAUACACUAUAAUGGAUGUAGUUGUUCAUUAUCAUCCAAAUGUGUAUCUUCAUCUCGAGGUAUGUUAGCUGGUUGUUAUCCGCUUGAAUCUAUUUUACAAUCAACAUUUCAAUGCUUAUAUAAUCAACAAUGCAUCGAUUCAACUAAAACUUUCAAAUCAAUAAACAAUUCGUCGUUGUCAACUAGUCGUUUUUCAUUAAGUCAAACGAUUGAAUCAAUUAUAAAUGAAUUAAUGAUUGAAGAAUUGUCACAUAAUCUGACAUAUGAAAUCUAUUAUAAUGAAUGUUCUCCAUCAGUAUGUAUUUAUUCUUAUGUUGAUAAGCAUAAUACACUUGAAGGAAUGACAGCAUUACUUGGUCUUUACAGUGGUUUAGUAAUUAUUUGUCGGAUAAUCGCCAUAUUAACCGUCAAAAAGAUGUUUGGUGCCGGUAGAAGAGUUGCUCCGACAACAAAUUGA